ACAAAGGUAUGGCCUUCUGGGUUUGAUGAGAUACCAAUUUAAUGCGCAAGUAUGGGUUUGGUUGGCCAGGAAAUAGCCUGGUAACUUUCUAGCUUUUGAAGUCAUUGAAAAAGAAAGCAAUAUCUGUCAAAAGGGUAAUUGCCUAAUCAUUAAAUAAGAUUAUUGCAAAACAUGUUUCCAUCACCAUCUUUUCAUUAUUGAUAAUCUAAUGGACCCUCUUAAUUAUUCAUUUAUAAAUUAAUAUCCCACACAAUGCUCACGCAUUUUUACAGGCGGCUAUCUUCUUUGUAUUUUAUUUUAUUUUAUUUUAAUUCAGCAUUUGACUCUUACCAAAAAGUCUCGUAUUGAAUGCUUCAAAGCCAGACGCCUAGAGAGUAAGCACUACACUAUAGAAGCCUGCAACAAUUCUUUGUAUUAGCGUGCGUCGUUAUGUCCUUUGGUUAUUUCGCCAUGAAAGUUCCUUUCGAGCUAUAUUUCUUCAACCUUACUUCUUCCCCCAUGCAACUCCUCUGACGACGAUGAGUAGAAUGGACAGCCGCCUACUUAGCCUUGCCAAAUUUCAUAUCUUCUGUACUCUAUCACUAGCUGCAAUCAUCUUCAUCAUCUAUGCCGAUAGCAUCAUCUAUAAUGACUCCGAAAAAUCGGUUGAGUUGAAUGAUAAAGCUCCUUCUCCAGUGCUGCUGCAGACUCAUAGUUCUGCAGGCCAUUUGAUCAAGUCUGAUAUAAAUCGCAUAGCCCUGCAUUCCAUGCAGGAAGAGACCCUUGAGGUUGGUAGAGAAAUUUCAAGUCCUCUUGUUCCUCCUUUCAAUGCCACAGAAGAGGAAAGAAUCGCUUGGUUUCGGAGCAAGCUACCCAAAUUUGAGAUUUUCAAAUCAGACAAGUUUGCAAGGCAAUUCCACGGUCGUGUUCUGGAAUUCUUUAACAACAAGUGUGAGGGGCAGUUCUUUAUGACAUGGAUUUCACCGGUGAGGUCCUUUGGAAGCAGAGAGUUUUUGUCCAUGGAGAGUCUUUUCAGAGCCCACCCUCAUGGAUGCUUGAUGAUUCUCUCGAGAACUAUGGACUCCCGACGUGGUUACAGAAUUCUGAAACCGCUGCAGGAUCGCGGGUUCAAGGUUCAUGCAGUGACACCAGACUUAUCAUUUCUGUUCAAGAACACCCCAGCUGAAGCCUGGUUUGCUGAAAUGAAGGGAGGCAAAAAAGACCCUGGUGAGAUCCCAUUAGCCCAGAAUCUGUCUAAUUUGAUGAGGCUUGCAAUUCUAUACAAGUAUGGAGGUGUUUACUUAGACAUGGAUUUCAUAGUUUUGAAUUCAUUCUUGGGGUUGAGAAACUCAAUCGGUGCACAAAGUGUGGAUGUGGCAUCUAAAAACUGGACCAGGUUAAAUAAUGCAGUUCUGGUGUUUGAUAUGAAUCAUCCCCUUCUGUACAAAUUCAUGGAGGAAUUUGCCUCCACUUUUGAUGGGAAUAAAUGGGGGCACAAUGGUCCCUAUCUGGUGUCCAGAGUGGUCCGGAGGGUGCAAAACCGACCAGGUUACAACUUUACAAUUCUACCCCCUAUCGCCUUUUACCCCGUCGAUUGGAAUAGGAUUGGGGGACUGUUUAAGAAGCCAGGAAGCCAAGCUCAUUCUCGAUGGGUAAAAGCAAAGCUGCUUCAGCUCAGCGGAGAGACUUAUGGGGUACACUUGUGGAACAAGCAAAGUAGCCGAGUCACGAUCGAAGAAGGAAGCAUUAUGCAGAGAUUAAUCUCCGAUCAUUGUGUCAUUUGCAGUGACAUAUACAGUUCUUAAAGAAUUUUCUCAAACGAAUAAAUGGUGAAGCAUCUUCAACCAACCAACUCUGGCGAAGCCGCAGACUGGAAAUCGAUACAAGCCUCCUAUUUGUUAGUAUACUCUGUUGCAGGAAUUAGCUACGAUUCAAGAGCUAUGGAAUUCCCUCUCUUUUUUUCUUUUUCUUUUUCAUUCUUUUUUUCCAUUCAUAUAAAGUUCAAUGUCUUUUUUACUUUCAUUUUGAAUCUUUUGCCCCAGUGUAAGUAAGAUCAUCAUUUCAUUGUAAAUCCAAGAUUCUGUAAACGAGUUGUAGCAGACAUUCCCUGUCUCAAUAUGUUAAUAGAAGCUAACCCUUUUUUA